AUGGCCUCCCAGGGCCUCAGGACACCUGCCCCUAGGCUGUCCACAGACAGGAGCAGAGCCAUGUGCUGGGUCACUGCCUUCAGCUUCAUGGCGGCUGAAGAGAUGCACUGGCCCGUCCCGAUGAAGGCCAUUGGUGCCCAGAACUUAUUAACCAUGCCUGGGGGCGUGGCCAAGGCUGGCUACCUGCACAAGAAGGGCGGCACCCAGCUGCAGUUGCUCAGAUGGCCCCUGCGCUUUGUCAUCAUCCACAAGCGAUGCAUCUACUACUUCAAGAGCAGCACGUCUGCCUCCCCGCAGGGCGCCUUCUCCCUGAGCGGCUAUAACCGGGUGAUGCGGGCAGCUGAAGAGACAACGUCCAACAACGUCUUCCCCUUCAAGAUCGUCCACAUCAGCAAGAAGCACCGCACAUGGUUCUUCUCGGCCUCCUCUGAGGAUGAGCGCAAGAGCUGGAUGGCUUUGUUGAGGCGUGCAUGUCCACAUGGGUGAGUGCAGAGGAACUCCCCCUGCGCGGUGCUCACCGCCCCCUCCCCUGCCCCCCGCCUCAGUGACUCCAGCUCGGACACAGACAGCUUCUACGGGGCAGUCGAGCGGCCUGUGGACGUCAGCCUGCCCCCGUACCCCGCUGACAGUGAAGACUAUGAGCAUGAGGACGAAGACGACUCGUACAUGGAGCCUGACUCCCCUGAGCCCGUGGAGCCCGACGACACCCUGACCCACCCGCCGGCCUACCCCCCACCUCCCGUGCCCACACCCAGGAAGCCAGCCUUCUCCGACAUGCCCCGUGCUCACUCCUUUGCCUCCAAGGGCCCGAGCCCCCUGUUGCCACCCCCGCCCCCUAAGCGUGGCCUCCCUGACACCAGCCCAGCUCCUGAAGACUCCAAGAGGGACCCACUGGGCCUGAGGCGGCCUGAGCCUGGCCCCAGAGUGCCCAUGGCCCCCCGGAGGAUGAGUGACCCCCCGCUGGGCCACCUGCCAACCACGCCCAGCCUCCGGAAACCGCCUUGCUUACGCGAGAGCGCCAGCCCCAGCCCAGAGCCCCGGGUCCCCGGCCAUGGGCCUGGCUGUGCCUCCAGCCCUGCCAACGUGGCCGCUGCCUCCUCCAGGAACUGUGACAAGCUCAAGUCCUUCCAUCUGACCCCCCGGGGGCCACCCAUGCCCGAGCCUCCACCCGUGCCGGCCAACAAGCCUAAGUUCUUAAAGAUGGCUGAAGAGGCCCCUGCAGGGGAGGCAGCCAGGCCCAGACUCUUUGUGCCCCCGGUGGCCCCCAGGCCUCCUGUACUGAAGCUGCCCAUGCCUGAGGCCGCAGCCAAGCCAGCGGUCCUGCCGAGGACAGAGAAGCCACCCCUCCCCCACCUCCAGAGGUCACCCCCUGAUGGGCAGAGUUUCAGGAGCUUCUCCUUUGAAAAACCCCGACGGCCCUCGAAGGCGGACAGCACUGGUGGGGAGGACUCCGACGAGGAUUAUGAGAAGGUGCCGCUGCCCAGCUCUGUGUUUAUCAAUACCACGGAAUCCUGCGAAGUGGAAAGGCUGUUCAAAGCCACAAGCCCCCAGGGAGAGCCCCAGGAUGGACUCUACUGCAUCCGGAACUCCUCCACCAAGUCGGGGAAGGUUCUGGUCGUGUGGGAUACAAGCUCCAACAAAGUGAGGAACUACCGCAUCUUUGAGAAGGACUCUAAAUUCUACCUGGAGGGCGAGGUCCUGUUUGUGAGCGUGGGCAGCCUCGUGGAGCACUACCACACGCACGUGCUGCCCGGCCACCAGAGCCUGCUGCUGCAGCGCCCCUACGGCUACACGAGGCCCAGGUGACGCCAGUGACACAUGCUGCUGGGCAGAGAUGAGCCACGGGGGCCGUGACCCCCGGCCACGCAGAUGAGACGGGCCUGCGUGGGAGGAGGAGCCAGACCGAGCACUGUGCUCCCACCCAGGGUCUCCCCAGCGGAUACCUUGUAGAAUCUGCCAGGCCAGGCCCCACUCAGCAGGCUGGAUCCCUGGGGCUGGACCAGGCUCUGCACUCCAGAGGAUUGGGGGGCUCUCCUGUGACAUGCAGCCCACCCUGUCCCACCUCCCCAGAGCCCAGGGUCCCAGGACCGAGCCCUGCCUGGGCUUUGUGGACAAGAAUUGUGGUCAUCCCCACCCCUCCCCAACUCCACCAGCACACUAACCCUGCACUGUGCUGGGAGCUGGGCAGGACUGGGCAUUUGGGGUUGGGCAGAGGCUGGCCCCAGGACUGCCACCCCCAGGAACUCUAAGACGCAGGCACCAGUAUGGGCCAUUGAUGUACAAUAAAGCACAGAUGACAUUUCCCUC